AUGAAGUUGACCCAACUUUUUGAGAGCAUUAUUCUUAAUGCUCAAGAAGCGCGUGAUAACUUUGAGCGUGGCUUUGAACCAGAAGCUUUCAACUGUUUAGAAGACAUUACCAAAACCAUAGCGGUAUUAAAAGAUUUUAAAAGCAAAUACGCUGCACUGUUUCCAUCACAGUCGAGUUCGAGUGCGCUUAUGGCAGCACAGGGACAGAUGUCUGGGUUACAUUUACAACAAGGGACAACAGCACAACAACAGGCACAUGCAAUUAUGUCGCAUGCAUCAAAAUCUAACAAGCGUGCUGCUUCUACGAAAUCGGAGAGACCCAAGAAAUCAAUGAAGACUGGUUCAGUUGUAGAUGAUGCUUCUACAAUUACUAGCGACAUGUACCAUAUGAAUACGCUCUCAUCUCUAACGAAUACCGGAACAGUUAUCCCAUCAACGCCUCGCACACAUGCACAUUCGCCUCUGGAGACUACACUUGUUGCUCAACUAGAUGAAAUAUUCACGAAGUUCUUACAGCAAGUAUGCUCUGAUUUAAACGCAAAAGACUCAAAGGGCGAACAAAUUCAUCAAACUCUAAUGGCCAAGAAAAUGCAAAAGCUCGACGAAUCGCCUGACUUCCGACCAUUUAAAUUCCGUAUUCAAGCGUUUACUAAUGCCUUUUAUGAAGAGUUGUUAAGACAAGGAUAUACAGAAGAGGCAUUGCCACUGAGAAAAGUUAAGAAUUACCUUUGGAAUCAGCGGUACAUUUCUCGAUUUAACGAAGAUGGUAAGAAAGCAAAGAGUAAGGGCAAUCAUGUAUGGAAUAUUGAAGCAAAGAAGACUCCGGCAGGUGGAUGGGUUUUCAGAGAAUUUAAGCGCAAAAUCGUGGGUGUGCCGGACAAGUAUGCAUAUGUGGGCGUACCAUAUGCUUAUGCUCCCAGGGUAUGGGAUCCACAAGUCAAUGCUAAAUCGAUUAAAGCUGUAUUUUCAUUCGAAGGCCUUCCUGAUUGGUUGCAUGCAGAUAAUAAUAUUAUUACAGGAACUCCUGCUCUAAGCUCUCAAAGCGCAGCAAUAAAAGUGUCAGCAAGUUAUCACCAUGCCGGUAUUGUUAUUACACUAGAGAAGGAGUUUUAUAUACAAGUGACAGUGGAACAAUCACCGCAACAAGAACCAGAUCUUAAUCCUAUGAUGAAUCCUGUGGCUAUGGCCGAUUAUCAACUACAACCGCAUCUCGGUUGA